UCGGGUUCAGUCGGACGGCACGGAGCGACUCUUGUCAAAACAAAUCGCGGUUAACGCAGGUUUCCGGUGUUUUCGGGAUUUUUUGACGCAAACGAUGGAAAGCGACUGUUCGGACCGACCCCGCUGCUGAGGUCCCGGCCGGUCACGGACGAUACACGGCGGCGUGGGGACGUCAACUCGCUCCUGAGCUCAGCUAGCCUGGUUGUCGUCGUGCCAUGUGGGAGUAGCUCCCCAGAGGUGCCAUGCUCGCCACACAGAUGCCAGACACGCCACCGGAGGCCAAAGAUGUCAAACAGAUCAAGGAGAAGCUGGCCCAGUCGCUCAAGGCCCUGCAGAAGCGCUUCGUGACCUCAGACGCGGUCGUGACCAGUGAGGAUGCUGACGCUAACCUGCUCUGCUGCGCCCUGGAGGCCAUCUUCAUCCACGGUAUCAAGAGCAAGUACAUCCGCUCCGAUACUGGGGGGCGAACCAGGAAGGGCGGCCGGGCUCCCCUCCCUCAGCCCUUCUUCUGGAGCCUCCUGAAGACCGUCACCCACCGUGAUGUCAUCACCGAGCUGGAGAAGAUAGACUUCGUGGGCACGGACGUUGGUCGAUGCCGAGCGUGGCUGCGGCUGGCGCUGAACCACGGCCUGUUGGAGUGCUACCUGGCCUCGCUGUUCCGGGAGGACUCCAAGCUGCGGUCGCACUACCAACCCAGUGCCUUGCUCCUGGACACCGAGGAGCGGGACGUUCUGCUCAGCUACCUCCAGGGUCUGGCCUCACUCACAUUCAGCCUGUCUUACAAGUCCGCCGUCCUCAACGAGUGGACCACCACGCCUCUGGUGCUCGCUGGACUCUGCCCCUUCUCCCAGGCUGACACACCCGACCUGACCCUUAACGGCAGGGACCAUCCCCGCUCCGGGUCCCUGAGUAAGGAGACGUGGGACACAGUGUCUCAGUCGUCCAGCUCAUCGGAUGCUCAGGAGACGCAGAGAGGAUGUCCAGUGUCGUUUGUGGGGAGGGGGUCGAGUGCUCUACAGGGGGAGAGGACUGCACUCAACUCUUCUAAUCUCAGUCUGGACACCACGGGUUCUUCUCAGCUCUCCUCCAGCUUGAGCUCCGACAGCCUCCUGCAGGGGCAGGACCCCCGCAGCCCGGCGGGAGAGCAGUGGUCCUCAUGUGACCUGGACAUAUCCAAUCACAUCAGCACCCAGAGACCACAGAAAGAUUUGGUGACUGAGUUUCGGGAGAGCGGACAGGGCAGUCAGGACUCCAUGCGUGAAGACACGUCCUUUGUCUCCAGCACGGGUCCGGAUCAGUUUUCGGAGACGGCUGUUUUCAGUGGCUCUGACAGUGAGACCCAGGGUCCUGGGACGCCAUCACAGGACCUGAAGGACCAGGCCCUCCACUCCGUUCUCUCCCAUUCAGAGCCACCACCAACUGAUCUGCCGUCAUCCGAUGAUAACCAUGUCUCUGACGCUUGUGAUGAUUCCUCCAACGAGUUGCACCUGGACACCGACACAGAGGAGGUGAAUCCAGCUGAUCUGAAGGAGAACAGUGCGUCGGUUCAGAAAGAGAAAGAAGAACAGAGCUCAGUGAAGAGCAGCUCGGAGCCGUCUCUGCAUCCGGGGCCUCGCUCUGCCAGCAUCCUGAGCAGGAAGCUGUCCACAGAUUCUCUCUCACAUUCCCGUUCCUGGAUCUCCGAGGACGACAUCUACAAGCCCCAGCUGGAGGAGGUGUCUGAUCAGGACGAGGCUCCUCCACCCGCUCUCACGCCCGAGCCCAAGGUCUCCCAGUCCCCUCCCAGUGUCGUCCAUCGCAGACAAAUAGGACUGUCCAACCCGUUCCGUGGCUUGCUGAAGCUCGGCCAUCUGGAGAGACGCAGUGCGAUGGGGCUGUGGCGGGACUAUUACUGCGAGCUGUCCCCCUUUGAGUUCCGCCUGUAUUUCAACGCCGAGGAGCGGACCUGCUCUGACAACUGCUCCCUGGUCCGGUGUGAGGACGCCCGCGUCACUUUGCCCGAGGGCCGCUUCGAGCUGGCCUUUCCUGGGAAGCGACUGUACCUCCGAGCGGCCAAUCGGGACGAAGCUGAGGACUGGGUGGACCGGAUCGCGGAGGCCGUCAACAAAUGCCGGCCAGCGCCUUGUGUCAACGAGCAGUGGGAGGUGCUACAACCGUACAGUGAGAAUGGUGUAGAUGAACGCACGCUUUCAUCCACGUCCUCCACCCCCUCCAGCCCGGAGAAAGGGAUAGUUCACCCGGACAUGAGGACUUGCAGAGGCCUGGAGGCUCCUCCCCCUCUACAGGAGUUCGACUGGACUCGGACGGCUUAUUUAGAAACGGACGCCAUCAAAGAAUCCGUUUUGUACUUCUCCACAGAUGCUGAAGCUCGGACUUGGGCCCCUCUGGUCUUCUCCCUCUCCUUAGAGACGCUGAAAGGCUUCCGGAUGCAAGACGGGAGAAAGUUCCUGCAGCUGAAACACACCAUAGAGGAAAUUCGGGAUGUGGUGCCCGACGUCUCUCAAGGAGGUCCGGCCUUUUUCAAACUCUUGACCGUGAGGGAUGCGCUGAGACUCAGGGCGGAGAGCGCGGAGGAGGCUUGCUCUUGGAGGGUUUUGAUCCGUGGAGCUCUGGACUCUUACCUGGAGAGUGGCGAGGAUGAUGGCUGUGUGCAGCCCGGUGCAGCAGUUGUGACUGGGAACCUCCACAGGCUGGUGCAGCACAGGUUGAAGGAAGAUGGAGCCCUUCUAGUUCACCUCUGCACCGUGCCCUCGGAGAAGGGUCUGGACUCUCAGAGCUUCAAAUGUGCAGGAUGUCCUCAGCAGAUUGGGCCGUCCCAGUGCAGAGCCAGGUUGUGUGAGUUCUCAGGCCAGUACUACUGUGACUCCUGCCACCACGGGGACACCACCAUCAUCCCCUCACGCAUGGUGCACAACUGGGACCUCACACAGCGAGAGGUGUCUAAGCAGGCCCUGCGGCUGCUGUCUCAGGUGCAACACGAGCCUCUGCUCAACCUGGAGCAGCUGAACCCUGAGUUAGUGAAGCACUCCGGCUCCAUGGCUCAGGCCCACAACCUGCGGCAGCGGCUGCGUCUCCUCGGGGACUACCUGCUCACCUGCCGCAGCGGGGCCUACAAGAAGCUCCAGGCCAGAAUGGGUCAGCGGACAUACCUGCUGGAGUCGAGUCAUCUGUACAGUGUGGUCGACCUGCAGGAGAUCGCAGAGGACCAAUACGCAGUCUACCUGAUGACUCUGCUGCAGUUCGCCUCCAGCCACGUGUUUCAGUGCGACCUGUGCACGCAGCGCGGCUUCAUUUGCCAGAUUUGCCACGCGCAUGACACCAUCUUCCCCUUCCAGUUCGACAGCACCACCAGGUGUACAGAUUGUAAAGCUGUGUUCCACCUGGCCUGUAAAGCUCCGGGCCGCUCGUGUCCUCGCUGUCAGCGGAUGAAGAAAUACCGGGAGAGGGAUCUUCAGGACUGAGCGCAGCCGGCAUCAAGACAGCUGUUGUCAGGAAGCCAGUCGGCCUCUUGUGGGGAGAAAAAACUAAAUCUAGCUUUUACAUGAAGUAACCUCAAGUGCAAUUAUGAACUCAAUUAACCUGCCCUCACUGACAUUAAAACCAAGGGUGGUGCACGAGCCUCAGUGCCACAGCAGCCAGAGUCUUGUGCUGCUUGACAGGGACACUGACCCGUCCUGAGACAUCCGAUCACAAGUGGUGUGGGAUGCAUGAGCUCACACUCUGUUAGCUGUGUGAACGUGAAUGUGUUUGAAGACACAUAUGAAGCAAAGCCGACUAACUGACAGACUCGGUCCUGCAUCGGAAAUACCUCUGAUACUGUCGGGUCGGGCUUCAGCGAGUACAUGAAUCUUUGUAAGAAUCUGACACCAUAUCUUUUUAGUAUAUUAAGCAGCUUUUCCAUUGGUCAAGAACCCACCAACACCUGCUAACAUCUGGAUUUUGUCUGCAAUGAGAAUUGAUUCCAGCGAGAAGAAGUAAAACUAUGCAAUAUAAGUUGUUAUUUAUUAAAUGCACAAAACAGAAUCCGAACAUCUCCCUGUUCUUUAGAGAAAUCGGCAUCAUCUGGUUUCAUCUAACAGACAUAACAUAUCAAAUUGGAGCUGACCACUUGUGAUCGGAUCUCUCAGGCUGGUUGAUGUGAAUGUGGCGCCUGAGCCUCAUGACGCUGCCGCAGUGCAGCCAAAUGUUACCGACUUCAAUACCUCUCUGAAUUCUGAUUCAGCCACGGCAUCAAAUCGAGGAGAGGACGCACGACGCUGACGGUCGCGGCCAAGAAUCGUUUCUGCUGUGUCUUUUUAUUUCAGAAAGACAGUUUUACCACGAAUGCUUUGAAAGACACAUUUCUCAGCACAGCAGCGAGGUCGGGUUCCUCACAUGCAACACAGCACAUGACCCGUUUGAAUUAACACAUCUCCAUCGUGCCUUCUUUUCAAUUCAAGCUUUACACUACCUUAAGGGCCAAACAAAUCACAUAGGCUUUGUUCUUUUCUGAAUCGCCAUAAGAUGAAAUUACUCUGCUGCAUUACACAUCUGUUGCCAGGAAGAUUUGGUCUUAAUAUAUUUGUUAGAGGUUUAGAGGUGAGAUUGAAAAAUAGAUUUAUUAUGCUGAUUGCUGACUUAAAUGAAUUAUUAACAAACUGGCAUAAAAACCUUUUGUUGGUGCAAAUUCUGAUUCAAAACACAUUUUGCAUAUUUGCACUUAAGCGCUGACUGUUAAACGGAUAUUUCGACCAAAGUUUAGUCGUAAUAUCCUCAAGUACAUGAAGUGACACCGUGGAAUUGUCUUUUAGAUAUUUCCCCGUGCUGCUCAGUCUUAUUUUGGACUCUGAUGUAGAGAGGAAGUCACAGAUUCAUCUAAUAAUGAGUCACUGAAGGUUUUCUCAUCGGAUCCAUUUUGAUAUUUGCAGGAGACAGAAUUCUGCAACACUUUUUUCCUGGUUUGUAUUUUUUUAUUUUCAUCUCAUCCAGUGUGUGAUGUAUAAAUGAUAUUAUGGAAUAAAUGUCAGUGUGUGUCCCUUUCA